CUCUAAACUGCUAGCUCAAACUCCACCCCGGUGAACUCCCAGCGGUGACAGCAGCUCACAUUAACUUCCAACGUGAGUUGCUCAUCUGGGAUGGUUUACGCAUUACAAAUCCUCAUCAAAUCCCACAGAGUGAUUCAGAUAAAAGACUUUAAAUAAACAUUCCACCGCUUCGUGGACAAACUCUCAUUACACCCGUCCUCCUGAUUAAUGGGGUUUCGUUGUAGACUACAACAAAAGCUGUGUAUGAUGACCAAUUUUGUUCAACGAUUCAAAUCAAUUUCAAAGAAUUGAAUGACGCACGUCAAAGUGCAAACGGGCUAUUUUUAAGCACAAAGGUGCAUCAGAAGGUCUGUUUCUUGCAUUGUACGUGAUGGGGGGAGGAGUGGUUUGCACGAGAGGAUGGUCAGAUAGGAGGAGCUGCAAACUUCUGCCUGUUAAUGUUCAUCUGGCUGUGAGGAAGUCACCUCUCGUCUCCUCAUCAGCCGAGCUUCUAGAGGAAUCCGAUGUUUUCAAACCACACUCCAGAGUGCUUUCCAAAGAUGGGAGAACAAGACCCCAGUGACAGGUUGAGAGGGGACCAUCUGAAAGAGACGAAGGAAAACGGCACAGGAAGCUUCUCCCAGUUCUCCUCAAGCGUUCGUGCCAUGGUGCGCAUUCGCCAGAAAUAUCUAGCCAUCAAAAAACGUCGUCUCGAGAUAGCAGCGGUGUCAUCCCAGGGCUUCAUUUCUCCGCGCUCCACCAGCCCAAAGGUUUUCACUUUUGAAAACCUUCAAGAGCCCAUAAACUCCAAUCCUUCCUCUCCGCGCAAGCGGAGGAAAAAGAGAAAGGGACGGGUUUUGUAUCCGAGCAGCACUUUGAGAGCCGUGCCCACAAAAGAAAGAAGCCGUGCAAAAAACUGCCUCUACUUGUUGUGCAUCAUUGUUUUUCUACAAAUUUACAACGCCAUUGAGAACUUGGACGACCAUGUGCUUAAAUAUGAUCUAGACGGACUGGAGAAAACCCUUAAAAGGGAAGUGUUUGGCCAACAGGAGGUGGCAGAGAGUCUUCUGGGUCAUUUACAGGAUUAUUUGUCAACUUAUGUACACAAUAAACCUUUAGUGCUGUCGCUCCAUGGACCCACCGGAGUCGGGAAGAGCCACCUCGGCCGAUUACUGGCUCAGCAUUUCCGCUCAGUUGUCGGCGACGACUUGGUGAUGCAGUACUUCGUUCUGCACCACUGCCCAACGGACGACAAUAUCCCACAAUGCACCAAAUCUCUGGACUCUCACGUCUCGGAAAUGGUCACUCAGGCUGAGGAAGAGGAGAAGAUACCGGUCUUCAUCUUCGAUGAGGUGGAACACAUGCCCAGGGAGUUGAUGGACACGCUGCAAGACCUGAUCCAUCCCAAAAACAACAACGAAUACUUAAACGCCAUCUACAUUCUCAUCAGCAACCUGGGACAUGAGGACAUCACAAAAUUCGUUCUGCACAACUCCAGCGUCGCCAUCUCAGGCCGUCUUAGCUUGACUCAGGAGCUGAACCCUUGGUUGCGUAGCUACCUUGAAAGACACCACGUAAUAUUUUUGGAGGCAGAGCUCCUGCCCUUUAUGCUUCUUGAGAAGAGCCACGUAAUGGAUUGUUUUAUUGACGAGAUGUCCAGGGAAGGAUUCUACCCAGAUCGAUCCCACGUAGAAAGGCUCGCAGAAGAACUAGCGUACUAUAUAGUUGGCGAACAGGAAUUUUCUCACACCGGAUGCAGGCAGGUUGUGGCAAAAGUGAACCUUCUCUGAAACAUAAUCUGCCGUGCAGAUGGUCAACAUGAGGAAAAUUUUUAUUGGUGCCAUGAGAAUGACCUUUUUUUUUACAUUUCACUGUGCAUUUUAUGUAAAAACUAAAGUCUGUGUUGUAAAGUUGUAAAACUGUACUGUUUCGAAGUUUGGGGUGCACAAGAUUUCUUUGUUAGCUUCUUCUGCUCAUCAAGAUUGCAUUUAUUUGAUUAAAAAAUACAGUAAAAACACUAAUAUUGUGAUGUAAAGUAUCUGUUUUCUAUUUGAAUGUAGCUCAAAAUGUAAUUUAUUCCUUCGAUCAAAGCUGGUUUUUCAUUAUCAUUACUCCAGUCUUCAGAGUCACAUGAUGCAUUUCUUUAAAAAAAACGUUAUAAAUGUAUUUACUGUCACUUUUGAUCGAUUUAAUGCAUCCUUGCUGAAUCAAAGUAUUAAUUUAUUAUAGUAAUAAAUCUUUCUAACCCCAGACUUUUGAACGGUACUGUAUAUUCCCCUCAUACUUAUACUGUGAAGCAGGUCCAUGAAACAAGCACAACUCUAAAUCACACGAAACAGCAUUACAUUUUUCUUUGUUUAUUAAAAUUUCUCAAUUUCCAGUGGAAAAAUGAGGUACAAAGACCAUCUUCCUCAACAUUGCAAAAUUAGUUAUUAUAUAUAAUAACAAUAUAUAUAAUAGUGAUCGGUAUGUACAAUGCAUUGAUGUCUGCCUAUAAAGAGCUCAAUGCACAAACAUUUGCACACCGAAACGCUUUAAAAUUGUAUGGUAGCGGCAUAUUUUCCCACAAUACAGAGUUGCUCUCUAACCAUCAGUGAGUGUGAAAAAGAGUGUUGCAAGCCCUAAAAAUACACAUGCUUGUCUGCUCGGUUUCCUGUGAGGCCUAAAGCCCUAAAAGUGCCACAUCACUCUAAUGCAGUAUACUGAGAAAUAACCUCUACUGCAACCAUGCAACUUGACCGUCGCUCAUAAAUCAAACGCAAGUGCUUAGCAUGCACUGACAUCACCAGAAAAAAAAAACACUCCAAGCUCGCAAAUCUACCGUUACUUUUAUCAUUUGGUUUGCUCUAAGCGCUCUACGUAAAUAUACGGCUGCAGUUAAAUAAAUGAGGUGAUCGGCAAAUAUUUCCCUUAGAAGGCCAG